AUGGCAAGCUCGCCGCGCUGCCCCUCGCCCCUGGAGACGCAGUCUUGCAGUGACUCUUGUGACUCGCCUUUGUCUUUUACUACCUCCAUGGAGUGGGACACCCAGGUGGUGGCAGGGUCCUCCCCUCUAGGUCUGAGGACUGAGAUGGAGGGGUCACCUGUCGACCUGCGGCUGCCUGCGUGGUUGGAACCCGAGAGGUGUGCCGUGUUCCAUUGCUCACGUUGCUACGCGGUGCUCGCCGACACCGUGCAUCUCGCCUGGGACCUGUCGAGGUCUCUCGGGGCCGUGGCCUUCUCCAGAGUCACGAACAAUGUCGCUUUGUUCGAACCCUGUCUGGUUGGCAUUGAAGGUUUUCUCAAAUGCAGCACGUACAACCGUCUGUUCUGUAAUUCCUGUCGGGUUCCUAUUGGUUUCCAUCUGUAUUCCACCCAUGCUGCUCUGGCUGCCUUGAGAGGCCACUUCUGCCUCUACUGUGAUAAAAUGCUGUGCUAUGUCUUGAAAACAAAGACCAUAGUAAAUGCAUCUGAGAUGGAUAUUAACAACUUGCCUCUCCAAGAAAAGAUUGCAGAGCUGAAAGAGAAGAUAAUACUAACACAUGCUCGUUUAAAUUCAUUGACCAAGAGUGUGAAGGAAGUGACUUCUGAUCAGUCUAACCAAGAAAACUGAAGAAGCAGCACUAAGGAUAAGAAGCCUGCAGCUGUGGUGACACCGACUGUAGUUCCUGCCUUUGACAGACAGGCACGAAGAUCAGCAUCUCAAGAUCAUCCUUGGCAAAA